AUGGGAAAAUGGAACGAGCUUGGCUUUUUGAACCGUGACCCCACCCAGAAGUCGUUUUUGCAGUACUACGAUGAAAUUCACAUUCCACUCUCUAUUUCAAUCUGUUUAUUCGGCGCCGCGUCGAAUGUUUUCAACAUCAUUGUGCUCACCCGGUAAUAACCUUUCCACAUGCCUUCAUUGCUUUGUUUUGUGUUGCUUCCAGAAAACGGAUGCGGACUCCUAUCAACAUAUUGCUCACAGGACUCUCAAUUGCUCAAUGGCUCCUAGCCACCAAUUACUUCCUGUUCUUAGUACUUGAGUAUUAUAGAUUUCAAUGGUAAGCUACUGGCUGAAGGGACUGAAAUUGCCAACAAGAAUUUUGUUUCAGUACAAACAUUCUAUGGUCUGAAACUUUCACCUGGUACAGGUUCUUCAACGUGAAUCUGAACACGGUUUUCCACACAAGUGAGAGAGCAGUUUUUGUAUUCAUCGGAAAAUCAAUCUGAAUUUCAAUUUCAGUUGCGUUCACAACAACUAUUGUAGUUGCUGUUUUUCGUUAUUGCGCGCUGAAGUUCCCCAUUCAAGCGAAUCGUUUCAUUUAUAAAUGCCAACCAGCAAUCGCAGCGAACGUGAUAAUUUGGAUAAUCAUUCCGAUUAUCAGCCUCCCAUUGUUCUUCAUAUCAGAGGUAAGCAAAGCGCAAUGUACCUUAAGUCACGUUUGCUCUUCAUUAGGUGAAAAUCGUGAGUUUGGAUCACGUCGCUUACGACUUGCGAUGCACUAUGGAAGGUCCUCUGUAUGACCUCAGCUACCAAGAGAGUCCUUUGCUCGUGUCUGCAGUCUUCUGGGCCUUUGGAAUCGUGUUCAAGUUGCUUCCCUCGUUAAUCCUCACGAUUUUACUCAUCGCUCUCAUAAGAUCUCUAAAGAGUGUGGAGAGACGACGCAAAAACUGGAAGCGCAACCAGGGCGCUCACAUCUGCACCAACUCGGAGAGAAAAGCGAAGAGAAAGUUAACGACGAGGCCCCGAACUACGCGAAUGCUUGUUAUUAUUCUACUUCUCUGCGUCAUGGUCAGUUGGAAUCGUACAGUUGUUAUUAUUGUGAUUUUUAUUAUAUUUUUUAAGGUCGAACUUCCGAUGGGAAUUCUCAACCUGUGCGUCGCGAUAUACGGAGAAGAAUUUGGAAACCGCUAUUACGAUCCACUGGGAAAUCUGAUGGAAAUGCUAACCCUUUUGUACAGCUCUGUCAGUUUUGUCCUUUACUGUUCAAUGUCCAACGACUUCCUAUCAACGUUCCGCGCACUUUUUCUCCCGUGGGCCAGAAAGAAUAGUCUCCGAGGACCCCGAGGUAAGUACACAAAGCUGCAAAAAGUGUAUCAACUGUGCGGACUUGAUAGUUGCAGGAAGUUGGAAACAACGGCAAGACGAAGAAACCAAGUCCCCACGCACCUGCCUCAUCAACGCCACAGCUCCAAGUUCCUAUAUCGGGUCAUAAUUCUAAUGUGUUCUUUGCUAGUACUCAACGUUUGAUCUUUUCGAAUGUACGUCUCGCCGAAUUGUUCCGUUGUAUCUCUUUUUCAAUCUUUUCCAUGUCAAUCUUUUGUCUGCAAGAGGGUCAUUCAAUUUGAACUUUUUGUUCCCAACUUUUUGUUCGUCUUACGAAUCCAAAUAAAUAAAUAUUUUGAGUCAAGUGAACAGUGCCCAAAAUGGAAAGCUCGACAAAAAAGUGUAAGAGCAAACGGAAAGACAAACAAAGAUGACAGUUCAAUGAAGGAGGGGAAGAAACGAAUUGCAAACAUUCGGGUAUCUUCUCACGUUCAAUUCUGCCUGCUCACUCAUUUACACUUUUUUUCGGAAAAAAAUGCUCCCAAUUUAUCAAUUAUUCACACUUUUAGCUGUUUAUUUUCAACGAACAACUGGCGCCGAUGCAAAGGGUAUGAUUCACAAUUCACGCAUUUGAUGCUCUUGUUUUCCAAAUUCUUGAAAUAAGAAAACUAUUUGUCUGGAAGCAAAACUGAAACACAAUUUACACUAAAAUCCUUUCCAGUUGGUAUCCCUGGCACGGAAUGCCUUUUCGGAGGUAUCUGUUCUGGAGGUUCAGUCUGCAUUGAUGUUCUCUGUCUUUGUGUGGAUGGUCAACGCGAGUUUCAGGGUCAAUGUGUUGAAGAAGCAGUGUAUAACACGAGAAUCAAGGAGACAGGUAUGUCUAUUUUUGUUUGUGAAUCAUUUUUUAUCCCAGAAUCCCUACAAGAUGACAAGCGUGACAAUCUGCCCACAAUUGGUCUGGCGGGUCAUCCGUGUGGCCAAGGCGGUGUCUGUCGGCCGUCCACCAAGUGCAUCGAGGGAACUUGCAAAUGCAGCCAGGGUUAUAAUCCGUCUUUCGGAGAAUGUAUCCGUGACCUGAACGGUAAGAGUUAUCUCUCCAAACACUUAAACGUUGAGUUUUUCAGUUCCACGCCACAUUCCUCGCGCCUUCAUUCCUAACCACCGGUCUAUUCUUCGGUUUCCCUCAUAA